CUUAUGUCAAAGUGCGUCAUCCCGCUCUGCUCUGCAUUUACAAAAACAGUGAAAGAAAUCUUACGAUUUUUCUUAAAUGAAAAACAGUAUAUGGAGAAAUGGGUGCCAAAACUGCGGUUAAGUUACGGAACAGAGGUGCCGCGUAUAAAUGCGAUAUGUGCGGUCGUAAGUUAAUGACGCCCGAUGCGCUUGUAGUCCACCAACGUACCGCGCAUAAUAUCAUAACGCGGAGAACUAAACCUAAACAGGUCAUUAAACCCGUUAAAGCCUCCAAGGUUGAUAUUAAAGCGAGAUCCGAGAAAAAGCCGCUUCCUACACUCAAAACUCCUCCUAAAACCAGUGAAAAAAAAGUGGUUAGUGAGAAAGAAGCGGUCCAAAAUGAACCGACUAAAGACGAUCAGUCGGAGCAGAAGAAGAAAACGGUUGAAUUUGAGUGUCCCAAGUGCUUCCGAAUCUUUCUUACGUAUUUUCCAGCACACAAACACAUACAAAAAUAUCACUGUGUAAAUAGACAAGGCGUUAAAGUAACACCGAAUUCACCACAUCUCAUCCAACCGGUACGAAUCGAGCUGUGCCUUAAGUGUAAUAGAAAAGUGAAGACGAUACAGACGCAUGUCUGUGACAAUAAAAUCGAGGAGAGGGGUGACAGUCAAGAAUUUAUGUGUACAGCUUGCGAAGAAUGGUUUCCCAACUUAAAGAGCUUUAAUAUGCACGUGUUGAGCUCGCAUGGAGACGACGUUGAGAGUAUGUUCUUUCCGACGAGUCUAGAGUUUACAAAAUGGAAAACGGAAAUGGAGUCACAGACGAAAGUCACUUACGCGAUACUAGAUAACUACGAUUCAAAAAGAUACUACCACUGCAACUUCGCAAAAGAAGACCAAGAGAAUAGCAACACAACAUACUUCUGUCCAUCAACGAUCGUCAUCCAAGAGUUUUCUAAAGGUAUCCAAGUACAUUAUUACAAGCAACAUUACAAACACUGCUUUGCAAAAUACAAUUUAUCAGAUAAAUAUAAAAAGUACUCGAUAACGUCGUUUCUGAAACGUUCUGAAGAGUACAAUAAUCUUCCGACUCAAGGUUCAAGUGAGAAUGAUAUGUAUAUACAGUUUAAAAAUCUCAUGGAAGGUAUAGUUGUCGACGCAGCUAAAAUAAACAUAUCGGCUCUUAAAGUUCUUAUAGGAAAAGCGUUGGAUAUGACAUCGAUAUUGACUAAUUACGAUGAAGAAGCCGAUGACAAUUCAGUGGAAGUACACAAUUCAAGUCAGAAUAUGAACGAUUUGCAAAUAACAAAAGCUCUUGAAGAUAAAAAUUUGAAUAUAGGCAAAAGAAAAACUAGCGAUGAAAACUCUUUGAUAGAUAAAAAAAGAAUGAAAAUUGAUGUGAUAAAGCAUGAAGACAUAGGUCCCAUAACGUCGUCACCUAAAAUAAUAAAUUCCUUUUCGUUAGCUAACAAUGCGGAUAAAGAUAAGUAUCUCAAAGAUGAUAAUAAAAGUAAUAAUAUUUCACCAUUGAAGCAAUCAAACGAUAUAGACCAGUCACCGUCAUCAUUCAACGACUCAUACAAAGAUUUUGUCGUUAAGAAUUUUCCAUCCAAAGAGAGCAAUCAAGUCAAGCCUCAGAGUAGAGUCAGAAGGCCAGUGAAAACAAGAAUUGGGCAAUUUAAACCAAAUACAUCACCCCGAUCGAAUAAUGAGCCAAAGAAGAUAGAAUCAGAUUCGAAAAAGGUAGAAUCUGAAUCGAAAAAGGUUGAAUCAGAAUCGAAAAAGGUAGAAUCUGAUUCGAAAAAGGUUGAAUUAGAUUCGAAAAAGGUUAAAUUAGAUUCGAAAAAGGUUGAAUUAGAUUCGAAAAAGGUUGAAUUAGAUUCGAAAAAGGUAGAAUCAGAUUCGAAAAAGGUUCAAUCUGAAUCGAAUAAGGUUGAAUCUGAGCCAAAAAAGAUUGAAUCAAGAAAGUUGAAUCGUAUCAGCUUAGAUAAACCAAAAGUUGAUUUUGAAUAUGAAGUAAAAGAACAGAAGGGAGGCUAUAAUAUAUUAAUAUUAAAAAUAUAAUUAAUGUACAGAAAAUGAGUAGAGUAAGUAUUUAAUUAAGGAAUUCAAUUUUGCAUUUGUUUUAAAAGUAUAUAACAUUAUACAUAAAAAUAAUUGAUUUUUGUAACUUCAUAAUCUCUCUAUAUUACGACACGUCAAAGUAAAACAUGAAAAACUAUAAUUAUCAGCAUGGAUAUUAAAAUCG